CGAAAGCAGCCACCAACCACCAUGCCAACCACCACCGCCUACACCAACCAAGAAUGGCAACGAAUCAUCGUCUCCAUCGAACAAAACCUUCACAUCGACUCCACCAAAAUCUACUCCUUCGACCCCUCCACCAUCGCUCACACCAUCGACCACACGCUCCUCAAACUCGAUAGUUCUCACAGCCACUUCGACGGUCUCUGCCACGAAGCCCUACAAGAACAUUUCGCGUCCGUGUGCGUGCGACCGGAAUGGGUCAAAUUGUGCGUGGAAAAGUUGCGAGGCAGCGGAGUUCGAGUGGCUAGUGUUGUGGGGUUUCAUGAGGGGACGUAUGAUGUGGAGAGGAAAUUGGAGGAUGUGAAGUUGGCGGUGGAGGGAGGGGCGGAGGAGUUGGAUUUGGUGGUGAAUUGGGGGUGGUUGAAGGAGCAGGAGUAUGAGACAGUAUACGCUGAACUCGCAGCUAUACGCAAAGCGGCACCACACCCUACUCUGAUCAAGCUCAUUUUGGAGACUUCUCAAUUGAGUGAUCAGCAAAUCAUCGCUGGAACAGUGCUCGCUUCUGCAGCGGAUCUGGACUUUGUCAAGACAGCCACAGGCUUUCACGGACAUGGCGCAACCGUGCCUCAUGUUCAACUCAUGAAGGCAGUGUGUGAGUAUUUGGCCAAGAAUCCACUUCAUGCCGACAGUCAUCAAAUGCUUGUGAAGGCAUCAGGCGGCAUCCGAACAUAUGAAGAUGCCGUCAAGAUGCUCGAGGCGGGAGCGAGUAGACUAGGCACGAGUGGUGGCGUGUUGAUUGCCAGGCAGGCGAAAGAGCACGCAGCAGGAACCAACGUGGGCUCGGCUGAGGGUUCUGGACAGACGACUUCGUCGAGCGAAUACUAACUUCACACGACUACAUCAAGGCCCUUCCGCCAUCAACUGGUAGCUCAAUACCGGUAAUGAAGCUCGCCUCGUCGCUCGCGAGGAAUGCCGCAGCGUUGCCCACGUCCUCUGGUGUCGCGACUCUGCCCAACGGUAUCCCUUUCGUAAUCACUGCUCUGCCUUCCUCGGAAUCAAUGCCACCAAGCACAGAAGCCAUCAUGCCGGUAUCAGCUGCCACGGGACAGAUUGCAUUGACUCGAAUGCCGUCUUUGGCAAACUCUGCAGCCAGACCUUCGCAAGGCGUCAGUCACCCAGGCGAGAGUGGUGCGUUCCAGAGCGGAGUAUAACUCCUCUCACCUUUAGUCACGGCACUGACUGCACCUUUGCUGCCUGCGUACCAGACGAGGCCCGGCCGCGGACGCGGUGCAGAGAUGGAGCUGAUGUUUACAAAGACGCCACGAUGUUGUCGCUGGAAGUACGGCGCGAUAAUCGCAGCGCUGUGGUAUAGUGGCGUGACGUUGGUCUCCAUGAUACGAUCGUAUUCCGAUUUGGGAACUGUUGGCGCAGGCUGUACGUACGUUACAAGAUGUAGCUCGCUGUCAGCGAAAUUACAAAAACACGCGCAGGCAGAGAAUUCCGUGGGUUUCUCGACUUACAGCAGCGACAUGUACCACACCCGCAUUAUUCAC